UGAAAACAUUACGUCAAGUGGGAUCCGUUUGCAAAAUAAUUUGGACGAACUUCUCGGCCACCUUAAUUUUGUAAUAUGUCGCGAGGGUCAAGUGCUGGGUUUGAUCGUCAUAUUACUAUCUUCUCUCCUGAAGGAAGACUUUAUCAAGUUGAAUAUGCAUUCAAGGCCAUUAAUCAAGGUGGACUCACAUCAGUUGCAGUUAGAGGGAAAGACUGUGCAGUUGUCGUAACACAAAAAAAAGUACCUGAUAAGCUCCUUGAUGCCUCCACAGUCACCCACCUUUUCAGAAUAACGGAUAAUAUUGGAUGUGUGAUGUCUGGGAUGACAGCGGAUAGCAAGUCCCAGGUCCAGCGAGCUCGCUAUGAAGCAGCCAACUGGCAGUACAAGUAUGGUUAUGAGAUCCCAGUGGACAUGCUUUGUAAGAGAAUUGCUGACAUCUCACAGGUCUACACGCAGAAUGCUGAGAUGCGACCACUGGGCUGCUGUAUGAUCGUGAUUGGAAUAGAUGAGGAGAAUGGUCCUCAGGUAUACAAGUGUGACCCAGCAGGCUACUAUUGCGGUUUCAAGGCCACCGCUGCUGGAGUGAAGCAGACAGAAGCUACUAGCUUCCUGGAGAAAAAAGUGAAAAAGAAAUUGGACUGGACUUUUGAACAAACUGUUGAGACUGCAAUUUCUUGUCUGUCAACUGUUUUGUCCAUUGACUUCAAACCCUCUGAACUAGAAGUGGGAGUUGUCACAACACAGGACACCAAGUUCAGGAUUCUGACAGAGGCUGAAGUAGAUGCCCAUCUGGUGUCCCUGUCAGAGCGAGACUGAACCAGCCGAGACCUAUUUCACCUUCUGGAUUAAAGUUAGAGCAUGAUGGGAUAUGUAGUUCCCGAAUGAAGACUGGCGUUAUCUUUGUUUGCUGUACAUUUACCCCAUUGUUUCAUUAAACAAUAAAAGUUUUUGGAGUAAAA